GGAGUGACGCGUGGCCGCCGGCACCCGGAGCUCCUGGGCACACGGCAUUGGCAGGGGACGCUUCGGCAGAGUGAUGACUGAUGAUGAGUCCGAGAGCGUCCUCUCCGACUCCCGUGAAGGGUCGGAGCUGGAGCUGCCUGUUAUCCAGCUGUGCGGGCUGGUGGAGGAGCUCAGCUAUGUAAACUCUGCUCUCAAAACUGAGACUGAGAUGUUUGAGAAAUAUUACGCUAAACUGGAGCCCAGGGAUCAGCGACCUCCACGAUUAUCAGAAAUUAAGAUAGCAGCAGCAGAUUAUGCACAGUUUCGAGGAAGGCAUAGAUCCAAAUCCCGGACAGGCAUGGACCGUGGGGUAGGCCUGACUGCCGACCAAAAACUUGAGCUUGUACGAAAGGAGGUGGAAGACAUGAAGGAUAACUUAUGGCACAUGAGGGCAAAUGCGGAACGCGACCUGCAGCAUCAUGAGGCCAUCAUUGAGGAGGCUGAAAUUCGAUGGAGUGAAGUUUCGAGAGCAGUGCAUGAGUUUGAAAAAGAUAUUCUAAAAGCCAUAUCCAAGAAGAAAGGGAGUAUUUUGGCCACUCAGAAAGUGAUGAAAUACAUUGAGGACAUGAACCGCCGGAGGGAUAAUAUGAAGGAGAAAUUACGUUUGAAAAAUGUUUCUCUCAAAGUUCAGAGGAAAAAAAUGCUUUUACAAUUGAGGCAGAAGGAAGAGGUGGGUGAGGCCCUUCAUGAUGUUGAUUUUCAGCAUUUGAAGAUAGAGAACGCUCAAUUUCUCGAGACAAUUGAAGCAAGGAAUCAAGAACUGACCCAGCUAAAGCUGUCAUCUGGAAACACUCUGCAGGUUCUCAGUGCCUACAAAAGCAAGCUUCACAAGGCAAUGGAAAUAUACAUCAAUCUGGACAAGGAGAUCUUGCUGAGAAAAGAGCUACUUGAAAAAAUUGAAAAAGAAACACUACAAGUAGAGGAGGUUCUGGCCAUUCUGCAUCUGGGAAUAUACCCAAAAGAAUUGAGAAGGGAAUUGAACAGAUUUUUGUACACUGAUGUUGACAGCACCAUUCUUCACAAUAGCCAAGAAGUGGAAGCAACCCAAGUGUCUAUUGAUGGAUGAAUGGAUAAACAAAAUAAAUAAAAUGUGGUAUAUCCAUACAACGGAAAAUCAUUCCACCUUAGAAAGGAAGGACAUUCUGACACAUACUACCAUGUGUAGGAAACUUAAGGACAUUAGGCUAAGUGAAAUAAGCCAGUCACAAAACGACAAAUACUGUUUGAUUCCACUUAUAUGAGGUACCCAGAGUAGUCAAAUUCAUAGAGACAGAAAGUGGAAUGGUGGGUGCCAGGGGCUGGGAGAGGAGGGAAGGAGGAGUGAUUGUAUAAUGGGUACAGAAUUUCUGUUUUACAAGACAAAAAGAGUUCUGGAGAUGGAUGGUGGUGAUAGUUGCACAAGAAUGUGAAUGUACUUAAUGCCACAGAACUGUAUAGUUAAAAAUGGUUAAAAUGAUAAAUUUUAUAUUAUAUAUAUAUCUUAUAAUUAAAAGACAUGGAAGUGAAUUGAGUCUGAUCAAAGUAUACUUAAAUACACAAUCUUUCACACACAGAAACCCUAAGAAGUCAAAAUAAGUACAACAUAUUCCUUAAUAAAGGAGAGGAAGAGGAAGGAGGGAAGGAAAGGAAAGGAAAAGGGAAAGGAAUGAAAGAAACAAGACUAUUUAGACUGCACUAGGUGUUUCUGAACUGGCUUAAAAUAUGUUUUGCAAAAAAAUCAGAAUCUUGUGAUUCCCACCCCUCCCCAACCUCUUUGAAAAUGUAAACAUUAUUUUUGG